AGUUAAGCAAUACAGGCAUUGUGUAGGAUAUAUUAAAAUUCUGUAUGUUAAAAACUUAAACAUUUUAUCUCAGGAAAAAAUGUAAUGGGAAUGAUUGUAGAUUGAAAAUCUUAAAGAAUGGAUGUAUAGAUGGAUUGAUUAUUCUUGUGCUGAUUUAAAAGUGAUUUUCUCCGAAUGAUUAUUAUGUAUGGUUGUAUUUAGAGUAAGAAUGAAGCGUUGUCAUUUUGUCCUUUGGAACAUAAUUAGAAUCUGAACGGGUUAAUAGACGAGAUCUUUUUUAUACUGUCAAAAUUGUAAGUGAUACUAAUUUUAGAAAGCAGACGCCGAUUGGUGCACUCUUACUUUGAAGUCCACCGGAAGCGAGGGAAUCCGCUUUAAGUUCGCCCGCCCUCUGUAGAGCGCUUCAUUCACAGCUCAGAAGCGUCCUUUGUGGUUCCAGCACUACUGGACGUCCUCCUAACCGCAAAAAAAUUAGGAAGCAGCGUCAAAAUGGUGAAGAUAUCUUUUCAGCAAGUAACUGCACAGAAGCCUGAAAAGGAGAACGAUGGAGACAAAGAGGAAAUUCACAUGCCCUACUCUCACGAGGAGUUGGUGCUCCCGGUUAAAUCUAAGAAGUCUUCCUUUAGAGGCCUUUGGUGCGUCGUGCCUGGCUUGGUGAUCUUCCUGUCAGGCUUGAUCCUGGCGUCUGUAUGCCUGUACCGCUACUACUUCAUCCCCCAGAUCCCAGAGGACAGUUUGUUCCACUGUCGGGUGAUGUACGAGGACCCCCUGUUCGCCCCAUUACUCGGAAGGCAGGAGCUGGAGGAGAACGUCGGCAUCUACCUGGAUGACAACUACGAGCAGAUCAGCGUGCCUGUGCCCGACUUCGGAAGCAGCGACCCGGCUGACAUCAUUCACGACUUCCACAGGGGACUCACAGCUUAUUACGACAUCGCUCUGGAUAAGUGCUACGUUAUUGAGCUCAACACGACUAUCGUCAUGGCACCCAGGAACCUGUGGGAGAUGCUUGUCAAUGUCAAGCGGGGGAUGUAUUUACCCCAGACCUACAUCAUUCAGGAAGAUAUGGUGGUGACGGGGCGCAUUAGGAACAUGCGUCAGCUGGGACCCUUCAUCCACCGGCUCUGUUAUGGAAAAGAAACCUACAGACUGAGACGCCGGAGCAGCCAAAGACGCGUCGAUAAGCGGGAGACCAGGAACUGUCACAGCAUCCGGCACUUCGAGAACACGUUUGUCGUAGAGACCAAGAUUUGCGACCGACUCCUGCUGUAGUUUCCCUCCCUUCUCCUCAACUCUACUGAGCACAACCCAAAACUGACCCGUCCCCAUCUGUCCAGCUUAACAGCACUUUAUCAGAAUGAUAAACCUGUACAUAAUGUUAAAUAAUGCCAUAUUUGUGUUUUCUUGGUUCAGGUUUUCCAAGAAUAAACUAAUUACAUUUUGUUUUUGGUUUCACCCAACUAUGUUUUUUUUUUGUUUGUUUUUUUUUCUUUUCUUUUUUGUCUUUGUCUAAAUUAAAUUUUGAGAAUUUUUGAUUUGCAUACUCUGAAGCACAUUGUCUAGAUCGUUGUUUUAUUUCACUCUCAGGUUGUAGUGUUUUUUUUUUCUCAGUGGGGUUGUUUCCUCAAAUAUAACUGUGAGAUUAUUCUCAAACGUCUGGCAUGCCCUGAUGAAUGAUUUGCAUUUUCUUUUUUUCUCUGUAAAGCCUCGGUUUGUGUAGACCGUUGGUUUUCGUGGAGUUUCAUUUAUUCAAACAUUUUGUUCAUCUUCUUUCUGUUAGCUAAGAAAUCCAGUAUUAGAAAAUUGUCUUCAAUGCCAAAAGAUGUAUACCUCAUAUUUUAGAAAUGUAUGACUUUAAGCUUGAUUUUUAAGUCAUAGUGUGAGUUUUUGAACAUGAUAUAAGCAAUAUAAGUUUUCUUAUCUUGGAUUUCCUAACUUGAUGUCCAUUUCUUUGUAGUGAUGUUGGUCAUCUGAGCAGUUUAUCAUGUUCAAAUAUUCUGUGUGUUGCUCUUUAAUACAUGUGAAUAAAGUUUGUAGAAAAAUGUGAAAAACUAGCCACCGGAUGUUGGUUUGAAAUGUUUCAUAAUCUCUAAAUGCACUGAUAAGAACGGGCUGUUUUUUUAAGUUAAAGGUGAAUUAUCUUAGGCACAGAUGUGCAGAAAUCUCUUCCUUGCUGUUCCUAUUCCUCUUUUUUUUUAUGUACGGUCCAUCCAUGAAUAAUGGUAGAUCUUUAGACCUCAUCUGAGGUGGAAUCAUUUCAUAUUGCUUGCACUUUUUCUAAUUGUACCAUUUAAUUUUAUUUGUUCAUCUUCCACAUACUGGUGUAGCAACAACUGGUUUUGUCUGGAAUAAAUGAGGCGUUUGGUUUGAUGCUGCUUUGUAAAUUGUAAAAUCCAUUAAUAAACUGCUGAAACCCUA